GUCAUCCCACCAUGCUCUGAACGGCUCGGAUCCUCUCCCACCCCUGGCUUGUGACUCGGUCGCCCUGCUCGCACCCCCCCCCAGCGGCCACCAUGGUCCACCCCGAAGGCAACGCCCUCCUGAAGGCCGUCUGGCAGGGCAAAUUCCGGCUCACCCGCCUGCUUCUGGAAGGGGGGGCCUACAUCAACGAGGGCAACGCCCAGGGGGAGACCCCCCUCAUCGCCGCCUGCAUGGCCCCCUACGAGGACCCUCAGAACAAAUCCCGGAUGGUGCGGUACCUCCUGGAGAACGGGGCCGACCCCAACAUCCCGGACAAGACCGGGAAGUCGGCCCUGAUGCACGCCUGCGCCGACGGGGCGGGGGCCGAGGUGGCGGCCGUCCUGCUGAGCCACGGGGCCGACCCCAGUGCCCGGGAUUACUCGGGCGCCUCGGCGCUGGUCUACGCCAUCGACAAGGGGGACCGGGAGACCUUGAAGGUCCUUCUGGACGCCUGCAAAGCCAAAGGCAAAGAGGUCAUCAUCAUCACCACGGGCACGUCCCCCUCGGGGACCAAGAAGACCAAGCAGUACCUGAAUGCUCCCCCCUCGCCGGGCGUGGAGGAGAAGCCCCCUCCGGCGCUGUGCAUGUCCCCCUCGGACAUCGAGGUCCGGACCUCCCAGUCGCCGGGAGGGAGCGAGAAGGAGGAGGAGCGCGACGUCUUCAACUUUAAUCUGGCCCCCCGGCCGAGCUGCUCCCCGACCCCGCACGCCAAGGGGAGAGAAGAGGCGGGGUCCCUGCCCCCCACCAAAGGCCGGCCCAAGCCGCUGAAGAGGCUGAACUCGGAGCCGUGGGGCCUGGUGGCCCCGUCUGUCCUGGCCGCGGCCACCCCGGAGGACCGGGUGGCGGCCGAGAUGAAUGGCCUGAGCCUCUCCCGGAGGGUCCCGCUGUCCCGGAGGCACAGCAUGGAAGGCCAAGAGCCCUCCGCCUUCAAGACGACGGGCCCCCCAGCGCCGGAGGAGGAGCCGCUAUCGAGCCUGGACACCGCCUGGGCAGAGAAGGUGCACGCCGGUCCCCUCCACCAGGUCCUGGCCCGCCGCCCCACGGCUCCGGAGGCCCACGAAGGGCUGCCACGAGGCCUGGCUCACCCCAAGCUCAACUGCUUGGAUCAUCAUGACCCGGAGGGCGUCUCUCCAGACUCCACGCCGGGCUCCCCGGAUUCCGGCCGCGUCUCCACGGAGCGGAGGAAGUACAACGCCUCCCCGCUGACCCUUCCCGUCAGCAGCAGCUCCCGGGACAGCCUGGAGAGCAUCCCCAACGCUGUCUCGCCUGUCACGAUCCGACGCCGGGCCCCGGGCCCCCUCGAGAGGAGAGGUUCGGGGACGCUGCUACUGGACCACCUGGCCCACAGCCGCCCGGGCUUCCUCCCUCCGCUUCACUUCAACCCCCACCCGCCCCUCCGGGACCUCCGCACCAACGGGAAGCCCUCCUCGCCGGCCCAGAAAGGCCUGUUCCCACUAGGCCCCGCUUCCCCGAAGGCCAAACGGCUUCUCCGGAGGCACUCAAUGCAAACCGAGCAGAUGAAGCAGCUGGUCAGUUUCCAGAGCCUCCUUGGCCAGGGGGACUCAGUGGCCGGCUAAAGCCGACGGGAUCGGAGGAGAGGAAUGGACCACCUACCCGUCUGGGCGUCCGAGGCCGGGGAGGGGGGAGAGCCUUUCCACGGAGUCCUCCCCCCUCUCGGUCACCUCCGGCCUCCUGUCUUCGUUGCUGGGUUUCCACGUCUUCCUCCUUCCCCUCGUUUUGCUCUCCUGUCUCUUCUGCCGCCUUAUUGAUUCCCCCCCUCCAUGAACUGGGCAUUCCCUGCGCGGAGUUGGAGUCAACCUCUCAAGAGCAGGAUGGAAGGGUCCGGACGACGAAGCCAAUGGCGAGGAGAAGCUGGGAUCAGGGCCGUUCGAGAGAGGGCACCCAACGGGGGCGGCUCCGAGGAGGAGAUUCGUGCAACGUUCACCCCAUCCUUUGGACAGGAAAGACAGGAGUUGGACGUUGAGUUAUUUGACGGACCCUAACCAAGUGUUGGCGAGGCCUACAGGGGACGACGGGCAAGACCUGCAGAACGGAGAGGACCCAACGAUGGAGGGUGUUGAUGAUCCUCAUGGCCCCAAACCUUAGCUCCCCAACACAACCGAACCAACAGAAAGAGGAGGACUUGUGUCUUGUAGAUCUGGUGUGUCUUCCUCUAGUGCCCUGUCAUCAUCAUCUAUGAGACCCCCCCGGAAGAAAGAGGACCUUGAGUUAGAUCUGUUCCUGCCUUCGUUUUUAUCCUGUCCUUUCAACAUUGCUUUCGUUGGGGGUUGGCUUAUUUCUGCUUGACUUAAUAGGGACUCGGACGCCUCAGUGACGGGUCCAGAGGUUGAGGACGACGGUGAAUGUAGAAGCACAGCUGCUGUUUUUAGGGCUGGGGACCCAAAAAUGGAGACACCCUUGCCCCCCACCUGCCCCAAGGCUCGCCCUCUGGGGAGAGAACAUUGGAUGUUUAAGGAAAUGGCUCCGAGUUUUCAGCAGAUUGGGACCCACCAGGGAGAUUCCGGAUUCUUAGGCGUGGGUCCUAAAUCAAAUCGGAUUCCUUUCGUUCUACGCGAUUCAUUUCAAACCAGAUCCAAAUCUCUAUACAUUGCCAGGGCACCUUGGGAUGUUGAGUCCUGUGAAGACCCUCGGGUACAGUUUCCAAAAUCAUUAUUAUACUUGCAAUAUAUAGCAGGACCCCCCAUGUCCAUGGGAGAUUGAUUACAAGCCCCCACCUCAUGGAGGCUGAAAAACGUAGAUAAUAGUGAAUGUUAUUAUAAUAGCAAACGCUAUCCAUAGCAUAGGGACGUAGUGGCGCUGUGGGUUAAACCGCAGAAGCCUCUGUGCUGCAAGG